AUGCCACGCAGUCCUGCCGGCUACGAAGAAAUACGCCCGGGGAAAAAGGGGUUUAAUACCUAUAAUGAUAGUGAUAAAAAUGACACUCACAUGCCAAUGAAAAGAGGAGAGACGAGUCGAACCCCACUGCGCAAUCGUGGAUGGGUGCAGAUACUUAUCGUUGCAUUUUUGUCUCUGAUAUUUUUUGGGAUGGGGACAGCGGUUGGAAGGAGGUUUCCGAGGGGAGACAGGAAGUGGGGGAUGUUGGCACCUCCAGGAUCGAUAAAAGAAACUUGGUAUCCUAAUACUACGUUUUCCAUGAAACCGACGCCGGAAUCGGAAGCCGCUUGGGGAUCUUUAAUGCCAGUGGGCAGAGGAUUUAUAUAUCGACCUGAGAUAGCACCGAUUGUAAAAAGUGUCUCAGUAUUCCAUCAAUUGCAUUGUCUGCACGGCCUCCGUACCUCCUACUACGAUCUACACUAUCAAAUUGCGCGCGCAGCCGGGGGACCCAUCGAUCCAUUUCUUGAGCAAAAGGCCGCGCAUACGCAUAUAGAGACUGCGCAUCAAAAACAUUGUUUUGAUUAUUUGCGACGUGCGAUAAUGUGUGCUGCAGAUACGAACUUGGAAUAUGUUGAUCCAGUUACGGAUGAUACAACGGGGUGGGGGAGUGAGAGGGUUUGUAGGAGUUUCGAGGAUGUAAAGGGGUGGGCGGAGAAGUGGGCUAAUGGAACGGGUGGAGGGAUUGCUUAA